CUAAAAUUAUGUUUAAAUCCUUUACUUAUUUUAAAAUAAUGCAUUUGAAUUUUAUUAUAGAUACUCUAUUAACAGUGUGAAACUAGUACACAAACUUUCUGGUGUUUCUGAUUGAUAGACCCCAGGAAUUUUGAAGACGAUGUAAAUUACUUGAAAAUCCUAAUUUAAAUAACUCGCAUUUUAGUAUUAUAUACUUAAACAGACAAAUAGCUUAAAAUUAAAAAAUACUUAGAGUUGUCGUUCCUUUUAGCUGUAUAUUAAUUUUAACUUCUUUUAACAUAGCAAUGACUGUAAUGAUUUUUCACCUAGUAUGGAGUACAUAAAUAUAAAGUCGUGACAUUCUUUGUUGAAAUAUUGGCAUGUUAACCCAUUUGUCCUGUUUAAUUAGGAAAUAAAGAUGGUAGAGCCAGUUGGAAAAUGAAUAGUUAAUCGUGGAGGAGGAGAAAACAUAGCUCAGUACUUUGACUAGAGGCAGCUGGGAAAGUGACGUCCUGUAGCAUUUGCUGUUCUAGAAAGUACAGAGACACGUAGUGAAAAUGGGAGGAUCUAGAAGGAGGCUGUCUCCUGUGUAGUGUAUAUUUAUCUGUAAGUGAGCCGUUGGGGAAGGAUUGAAUACAGAGACACUGUCUGCUUGCUGCCUUAAGACAGCUAGCUGAAUUGCUGAUUAACUUUUAAAAUACCCAGCUUGGUUUAUUUUUCUUAAAUCUGUUGCUAAGACUGGGGACGCUGUUUUCUUUUACAAAGGGAAAUCUAAGUUAAUUUCAAGGCAUUCGAAAUGGGGAAAGACUAUUAUUGCAUUUUGGGAAUUGAGAAAGGAGCUUCAGAUGAAGAUAUUAAAAAGGCUUACCGAAAACAAGCCCUCAAAUUUCAUCCGGACAAGAACAAAUCUCCUCAGGCAGAGGAAAAAUUUAAAGAGGUCGCAGAAGCUUAUGAAGUAUUGAGUGAUCCUAAAAAGAGAGAAAUAUAUGAUCAGUUUGGGGAGGAAGGGUUGAAAGGAGGAGCAGGAGGUACUGAUGGACAAGGAGGUACCUUCCGGUACACCUUUCAUGGUGAUCCUCAUGCUACAUUUGCUGCAUUUUUCGGAGGGUCCAACCCCUUUGAAAUUUUCUUUGGAAGACGAAUGGGUGGUGGUAGAGAUUCUGAAGAAAUGGAAAUAGAUGGUGAUCCUUUUAGUGCCUUUGGUUUCAGCAUGAAUGGAUAUCCAAGAGACAGGAAUUCUGUGGGGCCAUCCCGCCUCAAACAAGAUCCUCCAGUUAUUCAUGAACUUAGAGUAUCACUUGAAGAGAUAUAUAGUGGUUGUACCAAACGGAUGAAGAUUUCUCGAAAAAGGCUAAACGCUGAUGGAAGGAGUUACAGAUCUGAGGACAAAAUUCUUACCAUUGAGAUUAAAAAAGGGUGGAAAGAAGGCACCAAAAUUACUUUUCCAAGAGAAGGAGAUGAAACACCAAAUAGUAUUCCAGCAGACAUUGUUUUUAUCAUUAAAGACAAAGAUCAUCCAAAAUUUAAAAGGGAUGGAUCAAAUAUAAUUUAUACUGCUAAAAUUAGUUUACGAGAGGCAUUGUGUGGCUGCUCAAUUAACGUACCAACACUGGAUGGAAGAAACAUACCUAUGUCAGUAAAUGAUAUUGUGAAACCCGGAAUGAGAAGAAGAAUUAUUGGAUAUGGGCUGCCAUUUCCAAAAAAUCCUGACCAACGUGGUGACCUUCUAAUAGAAUUUGAGGUGUCCUUCCCAGAUACUAUAUCGUCUUCAUCCAAAGAAGUACUUAGGAAACAUCUUCCUGCCUCAUAGAAUGAAGAACUUUGUUACCCAUAUUUUGAUAAGGCACUGAAAAUAUAAAAGGACUGGCAGUUUACUGAUGUAGAUGUGAAUUCUGUAUAAAGAUGUGUAAAUUCUUUUGAGGGUUCAUUAAAUUGCAUGAAUAGAGACGGGUCAAAUAAAUAGGCAAAAGGGAUUUUUACAAUUAGAGAUAAAAGAGAAAACCAUUCACUAUAUUUUAUUUCAUUUCUCCUGAUUCAGAUAUUUUUAGUUAUUUGCUUAAAUGUAAAAGUUGUUUUUGUGGAGUCAGUAGAUAUAUUUCUAAUAAAGUGCUAGACUAUCCAAUUACUUAAUUUCUUAUGCCUUUAGAUAAUCAGUAUGAAAAGUUCCCAUUUAUAAUGGAAAUGAAAAUUCUUAACUAAACUAUACAUGUAAUAUGUAUUUCUAGAAGAGAAUAAAAACCCAAGUCAGUUAUUAGAUUUAAAUCAUCUUCUGAAAUGCUGCUAUAGGGCUGGUAUCAGUAAAAGAAUAUCCUGAUGCAUAUGUUUUACCAUUUUGAUUUUUAAAGUAUGCUGUAGCAUUUCUUAAUAACAUCGUUGUGAUGUUCUUAAGGCAGAUCUUUCUUCAUAAAAAGGAAAAUAAUGGCAAUUUCUCUCCUGUGGAAAUCCCAAUUGCUUGAAUUACUGAUAUUUUAGAAAUAGACUUUUUAAAAUGCCAUAUGUAAUUUUAUGCAAGUUGACUGUAUAUCUUGUACUUAAUAAAUUAUAGGCUCAUUUUGUUCUCUGCUAGUUUAAAGUAAUUUGUUUAAUAAUAGGUGUGUUUUUAGAGGAAAUGCUGUUAUUUGGAAUUAAUUUUCCGGUUAUACAGUCUUCUAUAGAUUACUAAUAAUAUGCUAUAUGUACUUUAUGUAAUUUCCCUAAAAAGAAUGAACUACCACUACACUAUGGUGUUAAACCAAAAUAUAGGGAAAAUAAACACUAACUGCUGCUUAUGGAUAAUGUUGCAACUACUUGUUAUGCAUAUAAAUAUUUUACUUUUUCAUAUGUA